CCGGCAGGGCGGGAAGCGUAGGCCGCCAUCGAGAGCGGAGGCCGGACAGGGGAGGGGAGGUGAGGGGUGGUGAGGGGCUCUGGGACCCGGGGUCCAGGAUCUGAGAUCCAGGCAGUUCGCGGGUGCCGCCGAGAAUGGACAUCAGGCCGAACCACACCAUCUACAUCAACAAUAUCAAUGACAAGAUCAAGAAGGAAGAGCUGAAGAGGUCCCUGUAUGCGUUGUUCUCGCAGUUUGGUCAUGUGGUCGACAUUGUGGCUUUAAAAACUAUGAAGAUGAGAGGACAGGCAUUUGUUAUAUUUAAAGAACUUGGAUCAUCUACCAAUGCUUUGAGACAGCUACAAGGCUUUCCGUUUUAUGGGAAACCAAUGCGUAUUCAGUAUGCAAAAACAGACUCCGAUAUCAUUUCUAAAAUGCGCGGGACUUUUGCUGAUAAGGAAAAAAGAAAGGAAAAGAAAAAAGCUAAAACUCUGGAACAGUCAGCAAAUGCACCAAAUAAAAAGGUUAUCCAGGGAGCAACACAGAAUUCAGCCAGUGCCUCAGGGACUACACCACAGAAUCAGGUGCCUGAUAACCCACCAAACUAUAUCCUUUUCCUUAAUAAUUUGCCUGAGGAAACAAAUGAGAUGAUGCUGUCCAUGUUAUUUAAUCAGUUUCCCGGAUUCAAAGAAGUACGCUUAGUGCCAGGGCGCCAUGACAUCGCAUUUGUGGAGUUUGAAAAUGAGAACCAAGCAGGGGCUGCUCGAGACGCUCUCCAAGGAUUCAAGAUCACUCCAUCUCACGCCAUGAAAAUCACUUAUGCGAAGAAAUAGCUAUAUGAUCCUAUAAAGGACUUCUGUGGACAGGUGUUUUUUUUAAAAACACUGAUACUCUGGUCAGCUACCAUGUUUGCUGUUCCCUGCAGAAAACAUAAGACUCAAAUAGAAUUGCCACAAUGACCAGGGCACAUGUAAAAUUUUCACAGAUCACCCGGAUAGUAACUUUUUCUGUUGAAGUGCUAAUUUUUAUAAAAUAAAAUAUAAAUAUGCUGGUUUUGAGCCAUA